CUGGGAGCAGUACUCUGGGAUCCCAGCAAGGAUACCAUCGGAUUCCAUUGCUGCUCCUCACACAGGAACCACAAUCAGUAACACACCAGGAACAUGGAGAUGCGAGUCCUUUGGCUUUUGCUCUUUGCUGGAUCCAUGGCACAAGAAGACAUGGAUAGAAAUAUCUUUUUAUUCCCCAAAAAGUCUGUUGAUGAUUAUGUGGUUCUGAAACCAAUGGUGACUGGGCCGUUACACAAACUCACCGUUUGCUUGAGGAGCUACACAGAGGUUGGAAACUCUGCACUUUUUACCCUAGGCACCCCCAAAUCAAAGGUCCUCAAUAUGUUUGCUAUUUUCCAGUCCCAUAUACCUUAUUCCAUACCAUUUUAUGAUUCCAGUAUCUAUAUAAACAAUACACAGGUGUCCAUCACUGGAAAGGCAAAACCUCUGGACUGGAAUCACAUCUGUGUGACCUGGGACUCUAACACUGGGGUUCUACAGCUUUGGGUAAAUGGGAAAGUCUCCCCUCGCGCAGUACUGCAGAAAGGCUUUUCUAUUGAUCUCCAGGAUGGUAUUUCCCUGGGUCAGAUGCAGCAAUAUUAUUACCCUGAAUGGGAUCCUAAUGCUUCCUUUCAAGGGGAAAUAACCGAUGUCCAUAUGUGGAAUAAGGUUUUGCCUCCAAAGCUUAUAAGGCAGGUUCUGCGAAAUUAUAUAUAUACGAGUGGGAAUGUCAUUAGCUGGAAGUCUCUGCAUUACACUAUUAUUGGAGAUGUCAUUGUGCAACCCAAACUCUACUGAAGAUGUGGAAGUGAAUCAGAGCGCAGUCAUUGCUAAUGGAGACUAAUCUAUGCCAACUGAAAUAAGGGGCUCUUGGUAUAUACCUUUAUUUAACACGAGCUUAAUAAAUAUGCCCAAAUCCAUUUUGUGACUUGUAGAUCAAAUGAAUGUUAUUAAAUGUUAAUUUUAUUGUGCACAGUGUAGCAACAUGUUUAAUAAUCUCUCCAGUGAAAUGCUAUAAGACAAUAUUAAGCAUAUAGUAGAAACUGUUAGAAGAACCACUUGCUAAUAAAGCAUUAAAUCCUUA